GUACAAUAAUGGUCGGUUUAGACUCUUAUUCACUCAUAUAGAAAAUUUAUUUUUGCUUCCUUUUUGCUUAUUUUAUGAAAAAAAAACAUUCAAGACGAAAAUGGGGAGAUGUCAUAUUAUAUAUGUGCUUUCCCUUGGAUUUGUAGCUGCUCUGAAUACUGAAGCAGCAAUAUCACCCCUGGAUAAAAUAUAUACGGCUUCUGUUGAUACUGACUUGACAAUUCCUUGGAGUUUUGAUCAUGAAGCAGACAUGAGUUUAGUUGUUUGGUCCCAUACAUCCAUGGCUACAACUACAACAGUCAUGUCUAAAUCUGGAACUAAUGCUCCUAUAGUUUUCAAUAACUUUAAUAUUGAACAUGUUAAUAAUGGAGAAGUCAAAUUGAGGUCAGUUACAAUGGACAAUGCAGGCAUAUAUUAUUGUUUAGUGUCUUAUUCAGUCGCUGCAGGAUACCCAACAGUAACUGGAACUGCUACAAUCUCUAUUGAAGCCCAGACGACCACAGUAUCAGUUACAGUAUUUGAAAGUGAUGACGUUACAUUUGCCUGUACUUUGACAGGAAGUUUCACUUUACCAGAAUGGAAAGGUCCACCACAGUUAAUGAAAUAUACAAACCAGGAUGAUACCUCUGAAACAAUAAGUCCUCAGGCGCCCGCUGCAGGCAGAUUGCAAUAUGCAAGUACAAAAUGUAAUAAAAAAGAUUUGAUUCUAUCAAAUGCACAAAUAAGUGAUUCCGGCGACUACAGUUGUUCGUAUAAAGCAUUAGGACCGCAGACAGUUGCAGCAGCAAUCGCAACUUGGGCGCAUUGUCGUACAGGAGCAGAACGCCUUGAGUCAGUUUCUCCCUCCUUUUAUGCGCAACUUCUUGACGCAGACGUCAGAAUUCGUCUGGAUAAUGGUACGACCUUGCUCAAGAUAGUCAAUGAUGAUUAG